AUGGCGGAGAGUGAUGGACGGAGGAUCGGAGUGGCGGUGGAUUUCUCGGAGUGCAGCAAGAAAGCUCUGAACUGGGCGAUUGAUAACGUGGUUCGCGAAGGCGAUUAUCUCAUCCUCAUCACCGUGUGUCAUGAUAUGCAUUACGAGGAAGGCGAGAUGCAGCUCUGGGAGACCGUUGGAUCACCACUGAUUCCGGUAAGUGAGUUCUCUGAUGCUGCUGUGAUGAAGAAGUAUGGAGUGAAGCCAGAUGCUGAAACCCUUGACAUUGCCAACACUGCAGCUGCCAAGAAAUCCAUUACAGUAGUGAUGAAGAUAUACUGGGGAGAUCCUCGUGAGAAGAUAUGUGAAGCAGUUGAACAUAUUCCUCUCUCAAGCCUUGUCAUCGGUAACCGAGGCCUUGGUGGCCUCAAGAGGAUGAUAAUGGGAAGUGUAAGCAACCAUGUUGUGAACACCGUGAAAUGCCCUGUGACCGUCGUCAAGGCUCACGCCUGA